UAUUUUUUAUACGCAGUCACAAUACCUGGUGCGUUCCAAGGCAUGUAAACAAUAUCACACCGUUAAAUAUCCAUCAUGUCUCGGGCGUCAGGUACCUUAAUUACAACAAACAAUGCCACCUUUAUUCCCCCGAGAUUUAUGCCCGGGUAUAGAGGACAUUGUCCCACAACAAAAUAUGACUAUGGCGAGACAUAUGGAAACGCAACUGCCAAGUAUUUCCAGGAUUAUCGUUCUGAGGUCCUCUCUGCCUCUGCUGAUCCAUACUGUAGGGGCGGGGAUUUCCCUACAUACUACACCCACAAACCAGAGACUGUGAUCAGCAAUAGGACGCGGACAAGAGACAGAUGGCUGCAUACACCAAAAUAUUCGCUAACAAACAUUGACUUUGAUAGGAAAGAAGAAUUGAAGUCAUUUGAUAAGCUUGCCCAGAAGCAUAGAGAUGUUUAUGUAGAUAAAUCUGGAACAUUAAAGAAAGUAAACUAUUUCAUGAUCCCAACAAAAGCUGAGGAUCAAAUUAAGCGCAAUGUGCCAUUCAUGAUCCUCUCAACACGUCACACAGAUGACAUCAAUUUGCCACAUCUGGACCAUGUUGCACGACGGCCUCCUCUUAUACGGCACUUUACCACCCUCUCAUCCCAGAGAGACAGAGAGAUGCGAGAUGUGUAUUUUGAGAAGAGAUGAACAAUUGUGAGGUGUUCUUUUGUGGUCCACAGCCUUUCAGUUCCAUCAAUAUGUAACAGAACUUUGUCAGAUUUGUCAGUAUAUACUGCAUGUAUAAUCUUAAAUGUCAUAUUUGAAUGCCUACAAGGUGGUUUGAUUUUGUGCACUACAAACUUUGAAAUUCAUUUUACCAGACUAUUAUGUAUUGUACAUUAUAUUGGGGAAAUAAGGUUUACAUUUCAGAGAGAGACACUUGACCUCUGAACUAGCAUACUUUUCUCACGUGUCUAAUGAGUAGAACAUUUUAGUAAGCUUAUUGAGCACUAUGUUGGCCUGUUUUAUUGGAAACCUUUGUUUAAAAUUGUUCAUUUAAAUUUGUUGAAAAUAAAUUUAAGUAUUCUCUUAAA